AUGUACCUACCAAUCUAUACUAGUCUAUCCCUUGUUAUCUACCUGUCAAUAUUGGUGCGUUUAUACCUACCAAUCUAUAUUUGUCUAUUCUUUGUUAUCUACCACUGUUCACAUCUAUCUAUCUAUCUAUCUAUCUAUCUAUCUCAUUCUGUCCCUAACUAUCUAUCUCAGUCUCUCCCUAUUUAUCUGUCUGUCUGUCUGUCUAUAUAUCUAUCUAUCACAAUCUCUUCACAUCUAUCUAUCUAUCUAUCUAUCUAUCACAGUCUCUCCCUGUUUAUCUAUCUAUCUAUCACAAUCUCUUCACAUCUAUCUAUCUAUCUAUCUAUCUAUCUAUCUAUCUAUCUAUCUAUCUAUCACAAGCUGUUCAUAUCUAUCUAUUACAAUCUGUUUGCAUCUAUCUAUCUAUCUAUCUAUCUGUCAUUCUCAGUCUGGUUAUGUGAUUUCCUUCUUCCUUUAUUUUAUUUUGUUGUGAUUGUUGCUUCAAUAUUUCCCACUUGCUUUCUCUUCAUCCUUUUCAUCUCCUCCUUUUUCAUCUUCACCUUCCUCUUCUCUUUUUCCUCAUUCUUCACCACCUCCUUCUCUCUUGCUUCGUUCUUCUUCUUUUCAAUGUCCUCAUUCUUUCCUUGUUCUCCCACUUCUUGUUCUCCUCCCUUUCUUCUAUUUGACUACUACUUCUUUUUUCUCUUUCUACUCCUUUUCCUCUCCCUUCUUUUCAUCCUUGUUCUUUUUUCUCAUUCUCUUCAUAUUUAUUUUCCUCCUCUCUCUCUUUUUCUCCUAUCCAUUAUCCUUUCUUUUUGUCCUUCCUACAGUUACAACUACCUUUUCUCCUGCUGUAAUAUUUCUUUCUGCUUCUUCUCUUCCUCAUCUUCUGACCACACAUCCUCCACCUGCAUCAUCUUCUCCUGUUCAUUAUUGUCUUCUUCCUCCUCCCUUUCUUCUAUUCCAUGUCCUUCUUUUGCUCCUUAUCCUACUCCUCAUUUUGUAACUCCUAUUUCUUCUUCCUUUUCUUCAUUUUCUUCCUCUCUCUUCUCCUCCUCCUUAUUCUUCUUUCCUCAUUCUUUCUUUUUCUAUUCAUCGUUCUUUUUCUACUAUCCUAUCUCUUUCAGUUUCUUCUCUUCUGGUUCUUCUGGCUGUACAUCCUCCACCCAUGUCCUCCUCUUCUGCUCCUUCUUUUACUCUUCUUCUGCCUCCUUUUAUUCCUCUCUUUCCUGCUUAUUCACCUCCUCAUCCUAUUCCUCCCCUCUAGUUUAUUCCCCUUAUACUCUUCCUCCUCUUUCUAUUCAUUCCCUCCUGCUCAUCACCUUCUACUCUUCCUCCUCUUUCUACUCCCACUCCUGCUUAGUCAUGUUCUUCUCUUCCUCCUCCUCCUCCUUCUAUUCCCCCUCCUGCUUAUUCACUGUCUACUCCUCCUCCUUUUCCUCUCAGCAACAUACUUCAUGA